UAAAACGCAAGUAGGAUUUCCAAAAGUUCUAAUUAUAGAACUGAAAAUUUUCAUCUAUAUUUUUCAUAAUAUUAGUAUUUAAAAGAUUUUUUGUGUUUUGACGCCCACGUUUGCACUUGAUCAUGGACCUAAAAACUUCAAAUACGGAGGGCGAUAUGAGCUAUGCAAGUUUAGAAGAGGAUGGCUGCCCCUUAUUUUUUAACAAGGACGCAGAGUCAGGGUAUUUUUCUGGAAUUUCUAACGUAAGCCUGAAAGAAGAAAGCCUCAGCUUGUCAAAACAACGCCUGCUUGAACCUCCAACCGAAUCUAGAAAAACACCAGAAAGCCCAGGAAUUAGUCAUCCUUUAAAGCAAUUGAACAUUUCAUCCAGCUCUUUCUCUCCAGCAAUUCAAAAUGAAGAGUUCUCAAAGAUGGUGUGUCGAGAUAAAGACGGUGACACUCAACUCCACACUUCUAUAUGGCAAAAGAAAAUACAGACGGUUUUCUAUAUUAUAGAAUGCAUAGUUUCUGUUGAUAGGGGAUGGUUGGAUUUUCCUAAUUUAAAGCUACAGACACCACUGCAUGCUGCAACUUUGCAAAGAAUGGUUGAAAUCGUUGCGUUGCUUAUAGAAGAGAGAGCGGAUGUAAGACUUUGUGAUGACCAGGGUGAUACAUUGUUACACAUCGCAAGCAGAGAAGGAUACGACGAUAUAGUGAGGACGGUUCUGGAUACUGGAGACAGACAGCAGGUCUUAAGCUGCAUAGAGACACUCAACUAUUAUGGACAGACCUGUCUUCAUAUAGCAGCUAACGGUCUUCAUCAUAGUGUUCUAAAAUUGCUUGUGUCAAGUGGUGCCAGUGUCAACAUUAAAGAUGGCAUGUACAAUUAUACCAUACUUCACUGUGUUGUUCAAAAACACAAUUCUGAGUUACUGGACUACGUGUUAGGUUUGGAAAGCAUUGCUUUGGAUGCUACGUCUUAUGCUGGAGAAACUGCCCUACAACUGGCAGAAAGACUGGGAUUCUGUGACACGGCAAAGGUUUUAAGACACCACAUCAAUGAUAUUAACUCAAAAUAAUUGUGAGCCAUUAGUUAUGGAUCUUGAUUAAUUCACUGAGCAAAAAUGUCAUCCAUCUUUAAGUCUUGUUUCUAUGAUUGUAAAUUAUGUUCUCAUAUGAAUUAUUAUAAGAAAAAAUAAUUAACCACAUUUAUGUGUUACUUAGUUUGUUGUGAGAUGAAUAGUUACACGAAAAAA